AGCCAUUUCAUUUUCAAAUGUGAUAUAGCCAAUACUUACAAUGAAGCCAAUUAAGAUGCUGAUCCGAAGAAGAAGCAGACAAGUAAAACUACAAUAUAUUAUGUUUGUUCGGCUGAUGAUGAACGGAAAAAUAUUCUUAAAAACAAGGUUUCAUUGAGAUUUAUGUUGGUCGGGCGGAGCAACCAGCAAAACAUUCCAUCUGUCAAUUAUCAGUUGAGACUUAAAAUAUGCUGACUAUAAUUUAUUUUUCAUCAUCUGUCGGACAUCAUGCCUUCUAGUGAUCUAAGCUAACCAAAUUACCCUAAUCAUAUAAACACAAAAAAUAGUUGUUCAUCGGUUGGUUACUCGCUUCAGGAGUCAUUGAAGAUUUUGUUUAACUUUCUCCAUGGAAGCCUGCUUAUGGCGGGUAUCGUGGUGGUGUUGUUUGUUAUUUAUGGUGGUGGAAGUUCAGGUGAUCGUUGCUGAUACUCAUUCUGGUGACGCGGCUGUACUCCGAGCGUUGAAAGAUCAGUGGCAAAACAUACCACCGAGCUGGAAAAGUUCAAAUGACCCGUGUUCAUGGGAAGGUGUCAACUGCACCAACACCAGGGUCAUUGCACUGAGCUUGUCAAAUAUGGGCUUAUCCGGUCAACUCGUUGGUGACAUUGGUGGCCUCUCUGAACUAACAUCCUUGGACUUAUCGUCUAACCGUGAUCUAACAGGCCCAAUCUCUCCACGGAUAGGAGAUCUAGAAAAACUCGAUACAUUGAUACUAAUGCAUUGUAGCUUCACCGGUAGCAUUCCUUCUGAACUCGGAAACCUCAAGGAGCUAACAUUUCUAGCUUUGAACACGAACAACUUGACUGGGCAAAUCCCUCCGUCUUUGGGAUAUCUAUCAAAACUUUAUUGGUUGGACAUUGGCGAGAAUCAAUUGACAGGAUCGAUUCCUGUUAAAACUGUCGGGUCACCAGGAUUGGAUAUGCUAAAAAAGGCUAAACAUUUUCAUUUCAAUAAGAACAAACUCUCCGGAUCUAUUCCUUCUCAAAUUUUCAUCGACAUGGUUCUAAUACACGUACUGUUCGACGGGAACCAGUUUACAGGACAAAUCCCUGACACAAUUGGAAAUGUCUCGACACUAGAGUCUCUUCGACUUGAUAGAAACGCAUUGGAGGGUAAGGUUCCAUCAACACUGAACCAACUCACAAAUCUUGGCGAGCUACAUUUAGGCUACAACAAACUAACAGGACCUUUGCCUGAUCUAACUGGGAUGAAUGCUCUAACUUCUGUUGACUUGAGCAACAAUAAGUUUCAAGAAUCUGAUCCUCCACUCUGGUUUUCGACGUUACCAUCGCUAAAAACACUCAUUAUGGAAUUUGGAUCACUCAAGGGGAAGCUACCAGAAGCCUUAUUCAGUUUAUCAGGAAUCGAACAAGUGUCAUUGAAGAACAACAAUCUAAAUGGUACUCUGGAUAUGGGCGGCAGCAUAAGCGAUGACUUGCAAACUGUCGAUUUGCAAAACAACAAGAUUGACAAUGUAACACUCAGUAGUGACUACAAAAACGAUCUCGAACUUUAUGGGAACCCGGUUUGCAAUAAAACCCUUGGGCAGACGCUGUAUUGCCAACUCCGACAAUCAACCUCAGGAUAUUCUACAAGCUACCCAGAUUGUAAAGGGAGCAAACCAUGCCGGUCUGAUCAGAAACCAAGUACUCUAAGAUGUGAAUGUGCUUAUCCAUAUGAAGGCAACAUGUUCUUUCGAGCGCCACCUUUUCGGUAUUUAUCAAACGACACCUUGUGGCAUUCACUAGAAUCCAGCCUUUGGACAAAACUAGGCCUCGCUCCAGGCUCAGUUGCUCUCCAGAACCCGUUCUUGGACGUCAAUGAUUAUCUUCAAGUGCAUGUUCAAUUCUUUCCAUCAAAAAGCAAGCAUUUUACACGAUCGGAGGUCCAGAAAAUGGGGUUUUCCUUGAGCAAGCAGACUUACAAGCCGCCAGCAGAAUUCGGACCUUAUUAUUUCCUGGCUGAUCCUUAUACUUUUGCAGAUGGUAAUGGAGGUGGUAUUGGUGUUGGUGCUGUGAUUGGGAUGUCCAUUGGUUGCGUCCUUUUGAUCAUCGUGCUUAUAGCGCUCGUGUUAUACGCUAUUCAACAAAAGAAACAGGCUAAAAAGGCCAUCAGUUUAAGCAAAACUUUUGGAUCAUGGGCUCCAAGUACCAAAGACAAUGGAGGUGCACCACAGUUAAAGGGAGCUAGAUGGUUCUCUUAUGAUGAACUCAAGAAAAGCACAAAUAACUUCUCUGAAACUAAUCUCAUAGGAUCUGGUGGCUAUGGGAAUGUUUAUAAAGGAGUGAUCCCAGGUGGGCCAAUGGUUGCAAUAAAAAGAGCUGAACAAGGAUCCAUGCAAGGCGGGUUCGAGUUCAAGACGGAAAUCGAGUUGCUUUCACGAGUCCAUCACAAAAACCUUGUUGGCCUAGUCGGGUUCUGCUUCGAGAAAAAAGAACAGAUGUUGGUUUAUGAGUAUAUGUCUAAAGGAACCCUUAGAGAAAGCUUGUCAGGUAAAUCAGAAACUCGUCUAGAUUGGAAGAGGAGACUUCGUGUGGCUCUCGGUUGCGCGAGAGGACUAACUUAUCUACAUGAGCUUGCUGAUCCUCCUAUUAUCCAUAGAGACAUCAAGUCGACUAACAUUCUUCUAGACGAAGACCUCACAGCUAAAGUUGCUGAUUUCGGGUUGUCUAAACUAAUUUCAGAUAGCGAAAAAGGCCAUGUCUCGACACAAGUUAAGGGUACCCUGGGAUAUCUCGAUCCUGAAUACUACAUGACACAACAGUUAACCGAUAAGAGUGAUGUUUAUAGCUUUGGUGUGGUGAUGCUUGAACUAGUAACGGCUAAACUACCUAUUGUAAAAGGGAAGUACAUUGUGCGUGAGGUGAGACUAGCUAUGGAUAAAACCGACGAAGAGGAAUACGGAUUAAGGGAACUGCUUGAUCCAAAUCUCAAGGACUCUUUCUUAACGGGAUUUGGGAGAUUUAUACAACUAGCAAUGCAAUGUGUUGAAGAAUCGGCUGCAGACCGUCCAACCAUGAGUGACAUAGUGAAAGUACUCGAGAAUAUUUUAAAAGGCGACGGGCUCCACACAUCUUCAUCGUCUGCAUCUUCAUCUGCUACUGACUUUGGAUCGAGACGAGUUGCCUCUAAGCAUCUAUAUAAUGAAGCUGGGCUCCAAAGGAUCGAUAGUGCUUCAUUUGACUACAGUGCUGGAUACAAUAUCUCAGCUAAAGUUGAACCCAAAUAACUCAUGUUUUUAUAUAUUGCUGUUGGCACAAAUAUAACUUUGGUUUGUAAUAAAUUGUUAAAUUUGUAUACUAUGUCUCUUAACAUUUUUUUGAAUUGAUGAACAUUCAUCUGGUUAA